AUGGCUGACAAGUAUGAACUCUUCAGACUGAGAGUCCACUUAGGAGACGGAGGCAUUGAACGGGUGACACUCCCCUGUCGUCCAGAUUCUGUCCCUCAACUGACUGCUUUACUGCGUGAAAAAUUAGAAGUUCCAUACAGUGUCCUUGUCCAGCUUGAAGACCCUGAUUUUGGUGGCCAGCUAUGCAAUCUGAGCAGUACUCAUGAACUACAAAACAUGGGAACUGUAAAAUUGAUCAGAGUAAUGGAAUUGGACUGUAGCAGUUUUCAAUUGCCUUUGUACUUUAUUUUAGGUAUGUGCAGAGUACCAUCGCAUCACAAGCCAGCAACUCCAGGAUUAGUUUUAUUCCAUGUUGGACCAACACACAAAACGCUUGCUAGCCCUAUCCAGAGAGAAGCAGGGAAAGACUGGAAAAAAUGGACAGAAGAUAGCUACCAUUCUGAAUUUGUACAGCCAGGUAUAUAAAUUAAAUCAGUAAGCAAAAUGUAAAGCAAGUUAAAUGAUUGGGGUGAAUAGUUAUGCAUGCUCAAGUUCUGUUUUUUUCGUUUGUUUCACACAAAAAAUAUUUUGCAUCUUCAAAGUGGUAGGCAUGUUGUGUAAAUCAAAUGAUACAAACCCCCAAAAAAUCCAUUUUAAUUCCAGGUUGUAAGGCAACAAAAUAGGAAAAAUGGCAAGGGGGGUGAAUACAUUCGCAAGCCACUGUAUAGUUCCUGUUUGUAAUGUUUCUCUGAUGUGAACACUGAUCGAACUGUUGUCCUCAGAUGUCUUCCAGCAAUACUCCAAGAGGAUGACUCUGGAGUGUUCAUAACAUGCACGGUGGGCUGUGUGAGGUUGUUCAAAUAUUCUUUGACCCAAAAUAAAGGAGGGGAGAAACUACUUGUGUGUUUUCAUAAGUGUUUAUUGUGACAUGAUAAUUAUAUUUUCAUGUUCUUUCUCAGGAGGGAACAUCCCAAGACCCUGCAGCCAUCAAGAGACCAGCAGCCAUCAUCUCAGUCAUUGAUGACGAUGUGCUAUUCCAUCCAGGAAGAGUCUACGUGGUCCUUGAGGAGAAGGUGGUUAUGAAGAAUUUCCGGUGCUGGCCUGAUGCGCUUCUAUGUUUGUACAGGCUAAUGUACUCACUCCAACAUGGAUACCCGAAUCGCAUGAAGAACACAUUUGGGUUUAUACAAAAAGUGUUGUUAAACUUGGAUAGGGACAGAAUGAAGCCAAAGAUUUGA